GACUACGAUCUCUCUGUAGAGUUCUACUGGAGCCCCUUUCUGGUGCAACUAGAUAAAUACCAAGCCAACGGCACUAAAAUCCUGAGGCUAGACCAACUUGAAGCCUCAUCCAUGCAUUGGCAAGGCGCUGACAUUAUGGUCUUCAAUACUGGCCACUGGUGGGUGCACCGAGGAAAGCUCAGGGCUUGGGACAUGUUUCAUUACGAGGGAAAAUUGGUGGAGGAGAUGAAGAUAGAAUCAGCACUGGAUAUGGCAAUGAAGGCUUGGGCGUAUUGGAUCGACAACAACGUUGAUUCAACCAAAACCACUGUGUUUUUCAGGAGCAUUUCGCCAGAACACAAAGGUAAGCAUUGGUGCUACAAUGAAACCAAACCCAUCACAGAUGAGUCCCAUGAAGAAUCAUUUCCGAGACCCCUGAUGGACAUAGUUGAGAGGACAAUAAGGGGAAUGAGAAUGCCAGUAAGGUUCCUGAACAUCACAAAGCUAUCUCAGUAUAGGAGAGAUGCACAUACCUCGAUUUUCCGAACAAGGGCAGGGAAGGAAUUGAUAGAGAAGAAGCAAAAGCAAGCCAAGUCUUUCGCUGAUUGCAGCCACUGGUGCCUGCCUGGAUUACCAGAUACAUGGAACAGGUUGAUGUAUGCAGAUAUGAUCCUUCACAGCUCAAAAAUCUGUGCUGGUCUUCCCCAUGUAGUUGUUUGA